AUGGAGCUAUCUGGAUUUCCACAUCAGGUUGGAGGUCAUUUUGGAUUACUACAAUGCAAUGGUCAUGUGGCAAAGCCGAUGAACACGCGAGAAUUGGCGUUUUACGAAUUAAUGGGCGAAAAUAUACGUCAAUUCGCCCCGGAUUACUGCGGACGCGUACGAGUAUGUGCCAGUGUAGACGACGACGGUGAUCUUCGCCUAGUUGCUGAGCCAAAGGUCGAAUGUCAUCCGAAAGUGAAACGAUCAGGAUCAGAAUCGAAAAAAUCUGGUUCGGUACGGUUUCAUCUGGAUGAAAGCGGGAAAAUCGAAGUUAUCACUGAUCGAGUGUCAAGUAAUUACUGGGCAGCCGAGUGUCAGAGCAAGGUUGUUCAUAAAUUGCUCGAAGGCUCAUAUUCAUGGUUUAUUCUAUUAAAUAAUGUAGUGGCGACAUAUUCACGCCCGUGUGUCCUUGAUCUCAAAAUAGGCACUAGACAGCACGGCGAUGACGCGUCCGAGUCAAAACGACAUCGACAGCUGCGAAAAUGUCGUGAAUCAACAAGUGCGACGUUAGGAGUGAGAAUGGUCGGAAUGCAAUUGUAUGAAUUGAGAACAAAGUCCUACACGUUUGUUGAUAAACAAGAAGGACGACGAAUAGAUGCUGCACAAUUUCGUUCACAUCUACAGAAAUUUGUGCGAACAUGUGGUAUUGGACGUGCUGCACGUCUUAGACAUAGGCUUCGAGAAUUGCGAGCGACAUUGCUCGAAUGUGAAGGAUAUCGGUUCUUUUCGUCCUCACUACUGUUUGCCUUCGACGCCGAUGCUGCCGAUUCGACCACCGACGAUGCGAUUCGAUUACGUCUCAUAGAUUUCGCACAUUCCACGUUCCCCGGUUUUGCGCAGGAUGUCGUCUACGAGGGUGUGGACGAAGGAUGUCUACUGGGCAUUGACAGCAUCUUGGCUGCGAUAGACGUCGCCCCAUGCGCGGCUGCUCCGACCGCCCCCGCCCAGAAUCCGGCGGCUGUAACCCCGACUUAGCAGCACGGGCUUUUGGGUUCACACUCUCAUCUGGCUGUGAUCCACUGAGUUAUGUUGCAUUCUGUGGUAGACGAACU